AUGCAAGGUGCCUCGGUGCGUGUCUGUGCCACAUGCGCCCUGCACCCCCCUCCAAUGCUGCCUUCUCUCCUCCCUGCCUACUCCCCCCCCCACCCCUCCCCCCCAGCGCACAGCGCAUGGGGCUCGUGGCACUGCUACUUCCACCGCCUCACCUCGCCCGCCUGCCAGGCCGCUGCUCAGGCCGCUCUCACACGCGGGGGAGGGCCGCAAGCGGGAGGGCUGGGAAGCACGGAGGGGGAUGCAGGGGGGGCGGAGGGGUCAGAGGGCGGGGAGGGCGUGGUGGGGGCGUGCAGGCCAGUGGCGGAGGUGGGCAGUGCAGUGGCGUCAGAGGCGCGUGUGGUGUGCGCCACCACCCAUGUGCGGGCGAGUGCAGCGGUGCCGUGCCGUGAUGGCGAUGCGGGCGCGGAGCCAAGUGGGACGCAUCCUGCUGAAGCUGCUGCUGCUCGUAGCACCCUCUUUAGCUUCUCUCAUCCCUCUGUGCUGCGUGCAUCGCCAUCCACCAACCAUUCCUCUUCCCACCGUUUCUCUUCCCACCAUUCCUCUUCCCACCAUUCCUCUUCCCACCGUUCUUCCCAGGGUGCAGUGGUGGCGGGCACAAGCGCUGCGCUUCAUGCUGCGCUGGCCUUCGCCCUACCUCUGCCACCUGCUCAACCGCCACCGCCACCGCGCCUACGGCAUGCACGUGGCCGGCACAUGGCCACACACCACGCCGAGGCCCAGGGCAUCCUCUCCUCGCUGCUGCUGCCGCCCCUCGCCGCCCGCCACCCCAUUGCAGCGCGCGCCCUGCAGCAGGAGGGGCGGGAGCUGGCGGCACUCAACUUGUCGACGCCGCACUCGGUGGAGGCGCAGGUGUGGCCGGGGCUGGGCUUCCAGGGGUGUGUGGCGCGCGGGCGCGGCAAUGUGAUGGCGACGCCGGGCAACCCCCUGGCGGACUACUUUGGGGCGGGGCGCGAGGCGUAUGUGCUGCGCCCCAUCGUUGCCAUGGACACAGGACGGAGGCGAGGGGUGGAGAGGGCGCCAGUGCAGCAUUCGAAAGAGGAUGAGCAGGAUAAGGAGGAAGGGGAGGAUGAGGAGGUGGGGAGGAGUGGGCAGGAGGGGGAGUUGGAGGAGCGGGGGAGGAGGGAGCAGAUGGCGGUGGUGGCGAGUGUGUUCCACGCGUACAGCCUCAGGCAGCACGACCCUGACCUCCACCACGUGUGGCUCACCGCCUCUCCCUCGCAGGGCCAUGUGGUGCGAGAGAGUGCAGGGCCAUGUGGUGCGAGAGGGUGCAGCGCCAUGUGGUGCGAGAGGGUGCAGGGCCAUGUGGUGCGAGAGAGUGCAGGGCCAUGUGGUGCGAGAGAGUGCAGGGCCAUGUGGGCCAUGUGGUGCGAGAGGGUGCAGGGCCAUGUGGUGCGAGAGGGUGCAGGGCCAUGUGGUGCGAGAGGGUGCAGGGCCAUGUGGUGCGAGAGGGUGCAGGGCCAUGUGGCCACGCAGACACACUUGGCAGCCUUCGACGACUGGACCUUCCUUAACUCCCGGCACGACAGCUACGGCCAAUCAGCGGCUGCCAGCAUGGCAGGUGUGGUGGGGUCGCACCUGGCGAGUGUGCUGAUCGCAGCGGAGUCAGACUACUUUGUGGGGUCACUGGCCUCGCAGCACACUCGCCUCAUCCUCGCCUUGAGGGCCACCAAUGGCCGGCUUGCUGCACCUGCGGUUCUCCUGAAAUAA